GUGGUUCAAAUAUAGAGUUGGUACAAGUUGUUGUUUUAGAUUAUAGUAGAUUAGUUUUAAGUAGAAUAUCUUCUUCAGAUCCUGAUUGUUUAGAAUAUAAUGGUGAUCCAGUUUCUACUAUGGGAAAUUGUUAUCAUGAUGAUUGUGAUUGUGGUUGUAUUAAUUGUGCAGCUAAUUGUUGA